UCAUUUACACACCUCUCAGAAUUUUUUUUAUUUUCAUUUUUAUUUUCAUAAAAAUUUUGUUUUCCUCCUUAAAAUAAUUUUUUUCGUUCGAGAAAACUUCCCCCCUUAUCCCCAAUAUAAAAAUCAGUUCAAAAAUGCUUCAAUCACAGCUUCAUUUCACCCAAAUACGACCCCUUCCUAAAAAUGUAUUUACUCAAUAUUCUACUAAUUUUAUUCCCCAUUCUCUCAAUUUUGGGAGACGAUUGUGGAUAUGAUAAAAACAACGGCCCUCAUACUUGGGGAGGGCUUUGCAAAACUGGAAAGAAACAAUCCCCUGUUGAUAUCGUUACAAAAAACUUAAAAGAAAAGUGCUAUCUACAAUUAUCGUUUCAUAAAUACAAUGUUGUCGGACCUGUUGAGGUUGUGAAUAACGGACAUACAGGUAUAACUAUUUGA